UUACGCACUGACUCCCGGUUCCGCGGGCGGUCGCUCCCCGCCUCCAGUGACCCCUCCCUCCCCCUGAGGGUCGGGCAUGCCCAUAUAAAUCGCUCCCCGCGCAGAGGGCUGUCCCGCACACGGACGCGCUCAGAACAAAGCCGCAGCAGCCUCUCUCUCUCUCCGGACGGAACCAAAGGAACCGUUACGCACGCGGAGCCGCCUUGCUCGCCAUGGCCGCUCGCAGCAGCGCCUUCGCCGGGGUGCUGGUCGCCUUGUGUGUCGGGAGCGCAGUGAACUGCCUGCCCAAAGGGAGCCAGCGGGACCGGCGGCAGACCCUGGAGCAUCACGUCCCCUCAGUCAACCAAGAGGGCUGCACAGAGAACGGCCACUUCCACGGCAUCAACGAGCAGUGGGAGCGUCCGUUUCGGGGCAGCACCCUCAUCUGUACCUGCCACGGAGUUGCUGGGAUCAAGUGCAGCAGCAAACCUGAAGAGGAAAAGUGCUACGACAAAGAAAUCCAGCAGUACUACGCGGUGGGAGAAACCUACGAGAGACCCAAGGACGGCAUGAUCUGGGACUGCACCUGCAUCGGCUCUGGGAAGGGCAAGAUCAGCUGCACCAUCGCUAAUCGCUGUCAUGAGGGCGGGGCUUCAUAUAAGAUAGGAGACACCUGGAGGAGACCUCAUGAAACAGGAGGCUACAUGCUGGAGUGUGUCUGCCUGGGCAACGGUAAAGGAGAGUGGACCUGCAAACCUGUUGCUGAGCGCUGUUACGACAGCUCAGCGGGAAACUCUUAUCUGGUUGGGGAGACGUGGGAGAGACCAUACCAGGGAUGGAUGGUGAUGGACUGCACCUGUCUGGGUCAGGGAAAUGGACAAAUCACAUGCACAUCAAGAAAUCGCUGUAACGACCAGGACGUCCUGAAGUCUUACCGAAUUGGAGACACGUGGACCAAGGCGGACGCCCGCGGAAACCUGCUGCAGUGUCUGUGCAUGGGGAACGGGCGCGGGCAGUGGAAGUGCGAGCGCCACGCCUCUCUGCACACCACGGGCCUGGGCAGUGGCUCCCGUGUCAUCACCAACAUCCAGCCCGUCAGUCUGCCUCAGACCCCCCAGGAGGGAACCUGUGGGACCGACAGUGGUCUGACCUACUUCAUUGGACAGCGCUGGUUCAAGAACCAGGGAGCGAGGCAGAUGAUCUGCACCUGCCUGGGGAACGGAAUAAGCUGUGAUCCGUGGGAUGGACCGGCUCCGGUUUACGGCGGCAACUCCGGCGGCCUGCCCUGCGUCUUCCCUUUCGUCCACAAGGGGAAGACCUACCACUCCUGUACCUCUGACGGCCGCAGCGACGGCCAGCUGUGGUGCUCCACCACCUCCGACUUCGAGAAGGACCAGAAGUACUCGUACUGCACAGAGAAGAACGUGGUCGUGGCAACAAGAGGAGGCAACUCCAAUGGUGCUUUGUGUCAUUUCCCCUUCCUCUACAACGGCCGGAACUACACCGACUGCACUGCAGACGGACGCCGCGACGGCAUGAAGUGGUGUGGCACCACAGCCAACUAUGAUGCAGAGCAACAUUUUGGUUUCUGCCCCAUGGCUGUUCACGAAGAAGUGUGCACAGCCAACGAGGGAGUGAUGUACCACAUCGGAGACCAGUGGGAUAAACGGCAUGACGUCCUGGGUCACAUGAUGCGCUGCACCUGCGUUGGUAACGGGCGCGGCGAAUGGAGCUGCGUCGCAUAUUCCCAGCUCAAAGACCAGUGCAGCGUGGAUGGUUUGACCUACGAGGUCAACCAGACCUUCACCAAACAACACGAGGAGGGAUACAUGAUGAACUGCACCUGCUUCGGACAGGGACGCGGGCGCUGGAAGUGCGACGCCGUCGAUCAAUGCCAGGAGCCUGAAACCAGAGUUUUCUACCAGAUCGGGGACAGCUGGGAUAAAGUCAUCCAGGGGAUUCUCUACAAGUGUUACUGCUAUGGAAAUGGAGUUGGAGAGCUGAGCUGUGAACCGCAGCAGUCAUUUUCCGGUGGUUAUCGUCCCGUCCAGGUCAUCAUCACAGAGUCGGGGAACCAGCCCAACUCCCAUCCCAUCCAGUGGAACUCGCCUUCGUCCGCUCACAUCGUCCAGUACAUCCUCAAGUGGAGAGUGAAAGACUCGCGCAGCCCCUGGAGGGAGGUGAUGAUCCCCGGCCACCUGAACUCCUACACCAUCUCGGCUCUGAAGCCGGGCAUCACGUACGAGGGCCAGCUGAUCAGCGUGCUGCGCUUCGGACGCAAGGAGGUCACCCGCUUCGACUUCACCACCAACUAUGGAUCAUUGGCUACCACUAAGGGCGAGGCCACGCCGCUGCCGGCGGUGGUGGACAUCUCAGAGUCCGUGACGGAGAUCACCUCCAACAGCUUCGUCCUGUCCUGGGUCUCGGCCUCAGACACGGUCUCUGGUUUCAGGGUGGAGUAUGAGCUAACGGAGCAGGGCCAGGCCCGAGGACAGCCCAUGGUUUUAGACUUGCCCCGAACAGCCAACUCUGUGAUCAUUAGUGAGCUGGAGCCUGGAACGAACUACACUGUUUAUGUCUAUGAGGUUAUAGACGGAGAAAAGGAUAACCUCAUCCUGACUACUUCUCAAACAACAGCACCUGAUGCUCCCAAAGAGCACGACGUGGAGGAGGUCGGAGAAACCUCCAUCGUCAUCAGCUGGGAGAAACCCCUCGCUCCCAUCACGGGCUAUCGAGUCGUCUACACGCCGUCGCUCGAAGGAGAGAGCAACGAGCUGACCCUUCCAGACACGGCGACGUCGGUGACCCUGAGCGACCUCAUGCCCGGGAAGCUGUAUAACAUCAGUAUCUACGCGGUGGAGAACAGCCUGGAGAGCGAGCCCAUCUUUGUGCAGGUCAGCACCUCCGGAGACCCGCUGCCAGACGAAGUGGAAUCCCCCACCAACCUGCAGUUCUUCGAAGUGACCGAUAACAGGGUGGUCUUGACCUGGUCCGGCCCACAGGGGGGCGUGUCGGGUUACCGGGUCACCGUGGUGGCGGUGGAGGACUCCGGUUCCCCCCAGACUGAGAUGACUCUGCCCGUUGGACAGAACCCCUACAGUGAAGUGACGCACCUGGAGCCCGGCACGCUGUACCGCUUCAACGUCUACUCCAUCCACAACGGCGAGGAGAGUCUGCCGCUGGUGGGAGAGCAGACCACCAAGCCAGACGCCCCCACAGACAUCCACUUCAGCAAUGUGACUGCAGACAGCGCUGUGGUGCAGUGGUUUGCUCCCCGCUCCAAAGUCAGCGGCUACCGGCUCUUCCUCACCGUCGAGGGUUCGAACCCGAUACAGCUGCGUCUGCCCGCCCGCCUGUCCCAGUACACCCUCCUGAACCUGAAGCCCAACACGCAGUACACCGUCACCAUGCACUCCGAGCAAAGCGGCACGCUGAGCGCGGGGGAGUCAGCGGACUUCACCACCAAUCUACCGCUGGGAAAUGCCCCUCAGUUCACCACGGACGUGACCGACACGUCCAUCGUAGUCUCCUGGACUCCAGUUCCUCACAUCGGAUACAAGCUGACGGUUCGGCCCAGUCUGGGAGGGGAGGCUCCGAGAGACGUGACCUCAGAAUCGGGAAGCAUCUUCAUCUCUGGUCUGACCCCCGGAGUGGAGUACACCUACAGCCUGCAGCCCGUGGUCAACGGCCAGGAGCAGGGAACGCCGGUCACCAGCCACGUCGUGACUCCUCUGUCUCCUCCCACCGAUCUGAACCUGGAGUCCAUCCCUGGUACCGGGGAGCUCCUGGUCCGCUGGACUGGAGGCAGCGCUCCAGACAUCACCGGCUACCGAGUGUCGUGCGCUCCCACCAAAGGACAGCAGGGAGAAAGUGUGGAGGAGAACGUAGACGCCGGGAAAGACUUCUGGGUCCUGGAGAACCUCCACCCGGGCGUGGAGUACAACGUCAGCGUGGUCACUGUGAAAGGAGACAUGGAGAGCUCUCCGGUGUCCACCAUCAUCACGCCAGAGGUGCCUCAGCUGACCGACCUCAGCUUCGAGGACGUGGGCGACACCAGCAUCAGCCUCCGCUGGUCUCCGUUUAACACCACCGCCAUCACCGGCUACAAGAUCAUGGUGGUGACCGCCGGGGAGAGCCUCCCCAUUUUUGAGGACACGGUCUCGUCGGGUACGGGCCACUACACCGUCUACGGGCUGGAGCCGGGCAUCGACUAUGAGAUCAGCGUGAUCACCAUGACGGAGAACGGCGAGAGCGAGCCCACCACCUUCACUCACCAGACCUCUGUUCCUGCUCCUACGGACCUGGGCUUUGGCGAGGUCGGACCAGACACCAUCGAGCUGACCUGGGUGCCCCCCGCCGUGCCAAACCCUGCCAACAUUAACAGCUUCAUCAUCAGGUAUCACCCCACAGACGACGAGGAUGAAAUCACAGAAACCAGUGUGGGGGGCGGGACCGAUCGAGUCGUGUUGAGAAACUUGCUGCCCAACACGGAGUAUAUGGUGAGCGUGGUGGCUGUGUACGAGCAGAGAGAGGGCUCUCCUUUGGUUGGAACCAAGAAAACAGCUCUGGAUUCUCCGGUGGGGCUGCAGUUCUCUGAAAUCAUGACCAACUCCUUCACCGUCCACUGGCUGGCUCCCCAAAGCCGGUUCUCCGGUUACCGCAUCCGUUACCAGAUGCUGAGCGGCGGCAGAACUAAGGACGAGAGGCUUCCCCCCUCCAGGAGCCACUUCACUCUGACGGGGCUCUCUGCAGACACGGAGUACCUGGUCCACAUCUAUGCGGUGAGCGGCUCUGAUGAGAGCCUGCCGCUCAGUGGGACCCAGAAGACAAUUUCUGAUGCCCCCACUGACCUGGAAGUGCUGGAAUCGACCCCCACGAGCAUCACCGUCCGUUGGACUGCUCCACCAGUCACUGUGCGAUACUACAGGAUCACUCAUGGGGAGACGGGAGGCGAGAGUAACCCGAAGGAGUUCACCGUUCCCGGCUCUCAGUCCACCGCCGUCAUCAACAGCCUGAAGCCCGGCAAAGACUACACUAUCACCGUGUACGCCGUGACCGGCAGAGGAGACAGCCCCGCAUCCAGCAUCCCCAUCCACGUCUCCCACAGGACAGCCGUGGACUCUCCGUCAGACAUGCAGGUGACGGACGUGAACGACAACAGCGUGACGGUGAGAUGGAGCCCGGCCCCGGGCCCCGUCAAAGGGUACCGAGUGACGGGGGUCCCCAGAAACGGACAGGGCCAGACGUACACGGAGGUGGUGGCUCCAGAUCAGACCGAGCUGACAUUCUCCGGCCUGAUGCCUUCAGUAGAGUACGUCUUCAGUGUGUCCGCUCUCGGACAAAACGGCGAGAGCUCUCCGCUGGUGGUGAACGCUCUGACAAAUGUAGACCAUCCAAAAGACCUGACCUUCUCAGACGUGGACACCACCUCCCUGCGGAUCACAUGGGACAGUCCUGAAGGAAUCGUCACGUCCUACCGGGUCUUGUAUUCCAGCUCGGAGGAGGGGGAGCGGGAGCUGCUUCCUGCUCCCAGAGGAGACGCCGAGUCCGCCAUCAUCUACGGACUCCAGCCCGGCACCGAGUACACCGUGAAGGUCGUCGCCACGCACGACGGCAAGGUCAGCACGCCACUGACCGGGACACAAGCCACAGCCAUCGGCCCUCCAUCAGACCUCCGCUUCUCCCGGGUUGAACCCACAUCUUUCACUGUUCACUGGACCGCUCCGGGUCAGGAGAACCGGAUCAACAGCCUGUCCGGCCUCACAGGGUACCGCGUGGUGGUAAACCCCAAAACCAAGAGCGGCCCCACCAAGGAGGUCAGCCUCGCCCCAGACUCCACUCAGGCGUACAUCACUGGACUCAUGAUCGCGACGACGUACGAGGUCGACGUUUACGCCUUGAAGAACUCCCUAACCAGCAGGCCGGUCCGUGGGGAGGUCACCACUCUGGAGAACAUCAGCCCCCCCCGGCGAGUACGCCUCACUUCCGUCAGCGACUCCUCCAUCACGCUCACCUGGCGAGCCAAGUCGGAAACCGUCUCCGGGUUCUUGAUUGAAUCCAGCCCCACCCUCUCCUCCCCAGACUACGUCCCCCUCCGACGGACCCUCGGCCCCGACUCACGCUCCUACACUGUCACAGGUCUGGAACCCGGCACCUCCUACAAGGUCACCAUCUACGCGGUGAAAGGCAACGGGCGCAGCGUUCCUCAUACCAUCACUGCCACCACAGCUCAAUCUCAGGUCAUCCCUCCCACCAAUCUGCGCUUCACCUCCCUGACCCCCUCCAGCGUUUCGUUCACGUGGGACCUCUCUCGCAGCCCGAGGGUCACGGGUUACUACGUGACGUACGAGGAGGCGGGGGGCUUGCCCCUGGAACUGGUUCCUCGGCCGCACGCGGGCCAGAGCUCCGCCACCAUCCGAGGGCUGAAAGCGGGAACGGAGUACGUCAUCAAGAUCGUGGCGCUCCAGAACGCCUUGAGGAGCACGCCUCUGGUGGGCAAAGCCAGAACACAACCGGACUUUCCUACCAUCCAUCACGCCUUAGAAUCGCAGCUGCCCAUUCUUCCCGUCCCCCAUCUGACCAACACCGAGAUCCUGGAUGUUCCAGAAUCCUUUGACAAGUUUUUUGACUCCAACCAAGUCCACCUGGCAGGUACGAGUGGUCAGAACCAGCCGGGCCAGCAGGGUCAGCACAUCUACACGGAGUAUCAGAACCUGGGCCCCAAUAACGGACUUCACGGCCCCUUCAGUGGCCCUAAAGAAGGCCAGAGACCCACUCUGAGGGAGCCCCUGGUUUAUGUUCCUGUUCCGGGCCCGGACGGACACCGAGUGCCGCUGGUUAAGGUGAGCGACAGUCACCUGCCAGGUUUAGCGUUAGCUUUCCCUGAAAACGAGACGGGACUUCCCCAGGAAGCGCAGACCAUCACCACCAUCUCCUGGCAGGCCGUCCCUGAGACGUCCGAGUACGAGGUGUCCUGCAACCCCGUCACGCUCCGGGACGAAACGGGCUUCCAGACGCGGCUCCCCGGCUCCUACAACAGCGCCACGCUGAUCGGCCUGACGUCAGGAGCCUCUUACAACGUGGUGGUGGAGGCCAUGAAGGAGGGCGCCAAGGAGAAGGUUCUGGAGGAGGUCGUGACCGUGGGCAAUGCUGUUCCAGGCGACGUCCCCGUCGGCGCCGGCCAGGACGCGUGCUACGACACGUUCACGCACACGCACCACCAGGUGGGCGCCGAGUGGGAGCGGAUGUCCGAGACGGGCUUCAAGCUGUGGUGCCGCUGCCUCGGGCUGGGCAGCGGGCACUUCAGGUGUGACUCAUCCAAGUGGUGCCAUGACAACGGCAACAACUACCGCAUCGGCGAGAGGUGGGACCGCCGCGGCGAGAACGGUCACAUGAUGAGCUGCACCUGCCUCGGCAACGGAAAGGGAGAGUUCAAGUGUGAACCGCAUGAGUCGACAUGCUACGAUGACGGGAAAAUGUACCAAGUUGGAAACCAGUGGCAGAAGGAAUACCUGGGAGCCAUCUGUACCUGCACCUGCUACGGAGGACAGCAGGGCUGGAGAUGUGAGAACUGCAGGAGGCCGGGGGGACAGGCGAAUGUGGAGGCCGAACUGCUGCAGCCGCCGCCGUCAGACGCUUACAACCGCUACCGGGAAAACGCCCUGAAGAAACUGAACAUCCACUGUCCCAUCGAAUGUUUAAGGCCAGAGUUGCUUGCAGAUGCUCAGAGCCAGCUGGAGUGAAACGUGAGGAGAGGAUGGAGGAAGUGAAACUUCUCCUCCAGCUGCAGUAGAGAAAACAUCUCCAUCCCGUUUGGACUUCAGGCGUUCACCUCACGUCGUGCCUUAUCAGGACUGUCUGAGCUUCUCUUUUGGACACACAUCCUGCUGCUUCCUCACCCAAACGUUGCCUCCACAAACUCUGCUGUUUUGUCCACACGUUGUCUGUUUUCACUGCUGGAGCUCUGGAUCCGGAACCUUCCGCUCAGCUCGGAUGAAGAUGACGGCUGCCACAGAACCGUCUGACGUUUUCAGACCAGCAGAUCUAAUGCGGCCACUCAGUAUUCUGUUGUAAAGUAUAUUUUAUUGGUAAACUGCUUCCUCAGCCUCCAGCUGGUUUGCUCAGAUAAACAUCUCCAUGAUGCCGAGUCAGCAGUUUUUCCAAGUCAUUUUCCAUCCUGUUUUUCUGGUCCCCGAGCUCAGCAGCUGCAGGUCGUUGAUCUGAAAUCACACUUUCAUCCUCUAAAGGAAAAGCACUGCCAACGUUUGAGAUUGUAUGAACGGCCCUCUUUACCCAUCGGAUUCUGAAAUAAACCAUUGAGGUUCAUAAACUGCUGAGACCUCUGAAGGUGAAGCAGACUGACCCACCAACAAGGAAACUGUUUCCAUGUGAUCUGUGUUUGAUUGUGUUUGAAUGUUUUCAUUUCGUUUAUUUAUCCCUUUUUACUCAGACGUGUUUGCUCAGUGCUAAUGUGGGGGUGUACACUUUGUUUUUUGAUCAACUUUUUAUAUUUUUGCAGCCAAAACUGAACUACUGUGGACUGAAUCUUUUUAAUAAACUUUUAAAGAAAAACAUAAA